AUGGCAAUCCAGAAGACGGGAGGCAGGGGGCAAGGGGCAGCUGAACUGCUUGAGCAGAGAAGGAGCAGCCACUGUGAUGACAGGAAGCAGACACUGUUAGCGCUGUUGGUUCUGGUGCUGUACCUGGGCACAGGGAUAUCAGGAAGCGGCUGGGAAGUAUCGGGACGGAUCAGGGACUGCAAUCACCCUCAGAACCCUGUGGCAUCCCAGGGCUUUGAGCAUCAGACCUAUGAACCCGCUGAAGAGCCGAUAAGGACCCUCAGGAAGUGGCUGAAGAUAAACUUGCAUGGCUUUUUGGAGAAGCUAGAGAAAGAAGUGAGAGAGUUCGAACAGCUGGUGCGUGACCUGGAAUUCUGGCUCGACGCGCUUCUGGGAGAGCCACGCCCAGAAGAUCUCUGCUCCACCCACAAGGGCCAUUUAUGA